AUGGUAUUAUUUUUUAAUUGUAGACAUGCAUCAGCAACGCGUUGUGAAGUCUCCCUUCCUCAGCAUGUCAACUCGGCCGCCUGUAUGUCACUGAGGAAAGCUGCUAUUGCCAAGAACCAGGAGAUCUACACAUACAAAUUUGAUCCAGCUGUUCACGGGUUCGCCCUGUUGAAUAUGACGGCGCAGGAACUGGGAGCGGUUGCUCUGAAGGACCCUUUCAUGGCAUACUACACCACUGCAUAUGUGACAAUGACAAGAGCCAGUAACUCACUUCACCAAUUGUAUCAAAACUUGACAUCAGAACUAGGCGAAAUUAACCAAAUUUCGGAAUACCUAGCUCUAUCAGACUUUUUCCAGACGGGCCUGGAACCAAUUGUUGGGGUAAACUAACAUUUUCAUUUUUAUUCCUUUUUAACCUAUCACUGAUGAUUUAAGAAAGCCCCUAAAUUUGAUCAUGCAAAUUACGGUUACCACGACUAUGGUAUAACUUAGAGAAAUUUCCCUAAUUUUUGAUUACGCCUGAACUUUAGAUCACUUAUUAUUGCCAUAUCUCAAUUUAAAUGGGCUUGAUUUGUUGUAAAUCUCUUUGUGCCCCCUCUCGUCCUUUACUUUCCUUUCCCUGAUAGUUUUCAACUCUCAUUUCAAGGAUGGAUUUAGGUCGAGUUCAGCUUCAACCAGUAUAUACAUGGAAUAUACGUGUUCUACACCCUUUAGUAAUGUCAUACAAACUUUACUUUCUGUGACAUGUAACGUUGCUGAUUAUGUUUUCAGGAGUAUGUGAGGCUUCCGUCCAGACACGAGGCUUUUAUCCGAGACAAAACUGAAUGGAUAAGCGACAAAUUUUUCACUCAGCAGCGUUUGGCCGGUUCUAACCCUAUGUCACUUAAAAAAGUCACCAUUCACGGUGAAGGUAGGGUAAUUUCCAUCUUGCUCUAUGCUACAGCGAAUAUAUAUCGAGUGGGCACUGGGAUGGAAGGUGGAGAAGAAAAUUGGAGAAGUAGGUACUGGACACACACAAUUGGAUCUCUCCAAGGACGGCUAGAUCUAGACUUAAUUGAUGACGGAUACACUGCCACUAGACAUUAUUAUAAAGGCAUUUUUCUUCUUUAGGUAAAGACGGGUAUUGUGGAAACCACGUUUAUCCAGGGUCGAAUUUUUCCGCAAACACGUGAAUUCCUUAAAGUAAACUCUUGAUGCUGUCACGGUAGUUCUUUGCUCCCCAUACAAAUUGCCAAUUUUAUAAUCCUCAACAGAAUCAGCAGUUGGACUGGAUUGGAAUGAAUUGAAAAAAACGCUGAACCCUGAGUUUGACUGGGAUGGUGCCGUCAAACAGGCUACGAAGUCGAAGUAUUCGUUGAAUAAAGUAAGCUCACAAUUUGAUUCAUUUUUAUGAGGAUACAUCUCGAAAGCGUUCUGUUACCUAUCCGAGAGAAAAGGCCUUUUUCCCCGCUGGUGAAAAAAAGAAUAACACCUUUCUUUGUUCGAAGCCCGGAAGCAAAAAUUGCCAUCUUUCUUUCCCUAUGUAUGCACACGCGUGUUGCUGAUUCUACCAGAUUUUCGCGAAACUAAUCUAGUAAUGGCUUAGCUCAGCCACAAGCCCGCCUCUGCAGCUCAGUGGUAGAGCAUCGUCGCACGGAGUCCAAAGGUCCGAGAUUCGGCGAUCCUUACGGGUAGACCUUGUGACAAAUGAAUAAGAACGUCUUUCUCAAGGCAAGACCUUUGUAUGCUAAACGCACCUACGAUAUUUCCCCACGCUUUUGUUCCAAAACGUUUAAAACCUUCAAAGAAGUAUCUUCGAAAUUAAAUUUCCGCAACGAUUGCGUAAAUAGAAUAGCUCAGGCGUUUAGAAAUGCCAGGUUUGGGGAAAUCCUUCUUAGACUAACAAUUUGUUACGAAACAAUCUUAACUUGUUCCGCGAAACUUUUUCAUCUCGCUAUUUUCGCGUUCCCGCAGUUGCUAAUUUUAAAAUGAAAAUAUCUUGAUUUUCACUUAGGCCUGUUCCAAACGUCGUGCUACUGCCGUGCCGAACUCAAAUGAAUUUGGCUCGGCAGUGGCACGACGAUAGCACGGCAGCGGUUUCAAACGUCGAACCUAAUGCAGUCGCGCCAAAUUCAAAAGACAAAACAAACCAUCCAUCCAGCGGUAUCGCCCCAUCCAAAUUUGUUUAAGAAAAUUUUAAAUGCCAGAAGGCAACGCAGGCGAAUGCAACAGUCCAUAUUGAAUACUGUUAUUGCAAGGAGAGGAUUACUUUUGAAAGUUUUUUCAUUUAUUCUUCUUCUGGUUUCCCUUGACGAGAGCCAGCAAGUUACUGUAUUACGAUCGUGCCGGCGUUUCCAAAUCCUAACCCUAACCCUAAGCAAUUUAUUGUCACCGUCGGAUUCCUCUUCUCUCAAGCUUUCGGGCAAAACGGGUAGAUUUGUCUUUUUUUAUUAGUGCGCAUGCGUAAUAGUAUGCAAAUAAUGCAAAAUCUGUUAAAUUAAUUUAUGAAUUGAGUUCGGCGCGACAGUAGCACAACGUUUGAAACCAAGUCGUGCUACUGCCGUGCGGCACGGCAAGGCCUGCCGCGCUAAGUAGUCGUGCCGAACCUAAUUCAGCCGUGCCGCGCUUAAUGGUUUCAAACGGCGUGCUACUGCCGUGCUUAAAUCGAAAUUACUAUUUCAUUUGAGUUCGGCACGGCAGUAGCACGACGUUUGGAACAGGCCUUAGAAAAUUAUCCUACAGCUUUAUCUCCACGCGAUGAAAACAGUUGAGUCAAUCAAAUUUCUAUUUUAUUUUCAGGCUAUCGCACUUGGUCGCAUCUUCGCUCUUCGUUACGAAUUGUGUGAUGACAUGCCUCGUUCACUGGAUCUCACAGACCGUAAUCCAGAAAGGAAGAUGUGGAACUUUCUCUCUCCUAUUGCCUUGUUCGUAUCGAGGAAGGUUGGUCGGAGAAAUCAACUCGUUCCUGUGGCCAUACAAAUGGACUAUACACCAGGUAAGAUGGAGUUAAAAGCAUGUCCUGACUUUAUACUGGCAAAUACUAAAUUUUGAAAAAGGAAUAUUUGAUUGAUUACCUAAACCUAUCGAUGAUUUACUUUCUUUUACACCUUGUCAAUUUUCGUAAAUAAAACCAAAAAUAGCAGCAGUUUCUUCGUUUAUUGUUCAGGGAGGCAAAACUCUUUCUGAAUAAAGUCUUACCAUUUUAGACUGAGACAACCAUCCUUGUACAUCCGAAUAACGGAUAAUAAGAUUCGCAUAUUAAUCAUGACCAUUACAAUUUCCUCAAACGUGAUUUGUGCAUUAGCUGCUUUGUUUUUCACUAAUCAUUCUGUUGAGCUGUAAUAAGACAGUGUAGUCGGACAGUUGGCUGUAAUCGGACACCUGUUUACUAAGACCACUCAGCAAAAUCCACCGAUCACAGAAUUAAACACAAUAACCAUAGCAACAGCCGCUUAUCCUAAAAAAAAUCGAGGAAUUUCCAUAAUGGAGAAAUUUUUUUACUUUAAAAAUUAUCUUUACCUGAUAUUUGACCUAAAUGUAUUUGUUGUUUUCGGAAGUUGAAACAGUUAUGAUUAAUUUGUAACUGGACUUCUUGUCGUCCAAUUCUGUUUGUAAUCAUUCUCGUGAUUGACAAAUUGGACUCCCGCUUCGCGGUUGUCUAAUUUUGCCAGUCACUAGUAUGAUUACAGAGCGAAUUGGAAUCCACUUAGUUCUAUUAUCAUUACCAAUCAUUGACACACUGAUAUAUUCUGUGAUUGGUGAAUUUUGACGAGUUUUAGUCUUAUUCGAGUGUUGUACGCAUUUGAACAUAAUUUUUAAUGUUAAAAUGUGCAAUAAAAGCAAUAAAUAUUAUCAUCAUUAUUCUUAUUGUUAUUAUUAUUAUUAUUAUUAUUAUUAUUAUUAUUAUUAUACACUCUGUGAAACAUUCUCUCCGUCAGACUCAGCAGUUUACACUCCUAAGAGUGGGGACAACUGGAUGAUUGCAAAACUGAAUGUUCAAAUCACUGAUCUGGGAUAUUCACAAAUCGUCGAACACCUUGCUAAGGUAAGAAAUUAUCCUUUGCUCAAAGGUAAUUUUCUCUUAUCUUUUGAUAGAAUUACUAAGAAAUCGUAAUCUCCAUCUGUAACUCAUUACGUUUUCUUAUGAUUCCGCUUUCUUUGCUAUUUUGGCGGCGAUAGAAAUGAGCGGGAACCAGAUACUGAGAUUAAGGAUACCGGGACUGUAAAUCAAAUGUGCGAGAAGCAAGAAUAAAAUCGAGAAGCGAGAUAUUUCAAUGCAGAGGUUCAUAUGCUUUUAUAAGCAGGAAGAAAGACUUCAAAAGCAAGUAUUAACUUUUUCGUUCUGCAUUUUGAUUUUCAGGUUCAUUUUUUAAUAGAGCCAUUCUGUAUCUCCUUAAAAAGGACCCUACCACCCGCCCAUCCGCUGAACCAAAUGCUUAAGUAUCACUGUCGAGAAGUGAUUGUCCCUAAUACGUUCGGAGCCCCAUCGUUGGUUGACGAGUUUAGAUUCAUGGAUCUUCUCUUUGCUUUCGGAAACGACGGAGCUAAUAGACUUCUCCGUGAUUCCCAUGAAUUUUCGACUUGGGAAGUCACAGACUUCAGAAGGAACAUUAAGGUAAAGGCUCCCCACUACUUACACUUAUUCUCAUUUCGAAAAAUUACAAAAUUCUCCUUUUCUCUCUGUCCGUCGGUCUGUAUGUCUGGCUGUCUAUCUGUCUGUCUGCUUAUCUCCUUGUCUGUGUUCCUACUUGUCUGACUGUCUCUGCCUGUCUGUCUGUCUAUCUCUCAGUCUGUUUGCUUAUUUGUCUGAAUAUUUGUCUAUCUGUUCAUCUGACUAUUUGUCUGACCAACUGCCACCCUUUUGGUCUGUCUGUCUCAUGUAUAUCGAUACGCACUUUUGAGUCUUCCUUGCCUGAAAUGGCUUAUGAACUUUGUCUAUUCUCAUCAUUUACAAGAAACGAGGACUUGCAAACCGAAACCUCCUGCCUUACUUUCCUUAUCGUGAUGAUGGUAUGAGAAUCCUAACAGUCAUCGAACGGAUGGUGGAACGUUACGUAGACUUGUGAGUGAAAUCAUAAAAUUUGUGCUAAAACAUUAUAUGAAAUGAUGAUUCAAACAGAAUCUGUUUUUUUCACCUUUAUUCAACUAUUGCACUUUUAAUUCAAGUUUACUUUCGUGACUGAAACUUUCGCUUUUUGCUAAUCUUAGUAAUUUGCGGGGUGAUUAUUACUUAUAGACGGGAAACAUGGCCUAACUAGCCAAUUAGUUCUCUGUAACUGCAUCAUUGGGAAUAUAGAGGAACUCGUUGCUCAAUUCUCUUUUUUGGUGGAUGAUUGAGGUAAUGAAAUACUAUGCAACUUCUUUAGGUAUUACAAAGACGACGACGACGUGGCCGAAGAUGAGGAACUUCAGGCUUACAUCAAUGAAGUAUCACUAGAUGGAACUGGACCCAAUGGAGGAAUUGGACGGGUAAACAUGAAUAUUAUAGAUAUAGAGUUACGCUGUGCACGUUGCGAGCUCCGCUGUAAACAUUCACACGCUUUACUAUCGGAGUGUUACUGAAAUAACGUGCGCAUUAAGCAAAAAUAGCUGCACCUGGGCUUCCAUUAAUUCUUCCAUUAAUUCUGUGUUGCCGUUCCAAUGCUGACUUAACUGUGCAUUGCUGAAUAAGUUUGUUGAAUUUUGGAAACACAGCUAUUCAUGACCAGCACUUGUUUCAUUCAUCAGAUUCAAGGUUUACCAUCUACUAUUGGAUCCAAACAAGCGCUCUGCGAGAUCGUGAGUCGCAUCAUCUCACACUUGACGAUUGCACACGCGGCUGUCAACUACCAGAUGUCAGACUACGCUUCGUUCAUUCCCAAUCUGCCAACAAAACUGUAUAACGAUAGCAGAGUCGCUGAUGGAGAAUUUUCUGUUUUCCGCUUGCCAAACAGGGCUACUUCGGCAGUAAGUUUUAGCUCAAGCUUUACAAAGGAUUGGGAGGGAGGAUGUGAGAGAAAUUAAUCAUAGGGAAAUUUCGUCGUGGUUGAAUAAUAAUGUAAGUUUAAAAAACGUGAUUUGUUUCUGGAUCCUUGCAGUAUCUUCUGAUGUCAGUUGGAAUCGGAACAGGAAUUGAAUUGACUAUAAUCUGGGGUAUGCCACAGCAGACAAAAUGUUGUGGAGAUCUGUGACGCAAUGCGAUGACGACGACAACAUAGGAAAUUUGUUUACGGCUUGCUAUACAAUUUUUAACUAAGGAAUGAACAGCAUUGAUUGAAUUCGGUCGUAACAAAAAUUUCGUCGUAUUAAAGAGGGUCGCUAUUCAAUAAUCAGAGUCCUUGUUCCAAUUUCAAGUUCGAAAAAGGACAUGUCUUUGCCAAAAUUGAAAAUCCAGUAAAUGCCAAUAGUCGGGAACUUCAACGAAGCCGUUCCUCCCCUCCGUUCUCCGCACUGUUCAGGACUUGAUUAGUUUGUCAAGUGUUGAUAUUGGAAGCAUUUUGGGAACAAUUAUCCUUAACUAAAUUAGUUCUUCGCUCACUUCUUUUUUUUACUAUGACAACAAUUGUGUUAGCGUAGUUCCAAGUAUUGAUAUGAAGUUGCAUGACCUCCUUUUUUUUUUGCGUUUUAAUUUACAGAUCGAAGCCAGCUUUGUUAAUUCCCUGGCAACAUUCCGCUUCGAUUCCUUGUUUGACUACGGCAAUGAACUUGAGGACCCUAAGGCGGCCAAGCUCGUUAACUACUACUAUUGCUUUUUGAUGAGAGUUCUUCAACCGAAAAUGCAACUAAUCAAUCAGAGGCGAGAGAAAUAUGGCUACCUAACCUAUCCGUAUUUAAUUCCAAGGUGGAUGCCAAAUGGUAUUCAAACCUGAGACUCUUGUUAACUGUCAAUAUGGAUGCAUGUUUAGAAUCGAUCCACAUCGUAUUUUUGGGGUCCAUUCUUGUCUCCAAAGCCCACAUUCUUUUUUGCAAGCGCAUAGAUCAAUCUUUACAAGGGCCGCAUGUAAUGAAUUAUAUGCGAGUUCAUAGAUGCAUUACAUGUACCCAAAUAUAACGCGCGGGUCGAUCAAUUUCCGGCGCUGGGGUUGAAGAUUGCGGGCUCU